UGUAUGAAUAAGGGGGACGGAAGUGACCCUCUUCCUGUAAAUCUCCCGCACUCUAACAACCGGCUGGUUAAAGCAGAGAGCUGUGAAACUCUGUCUGAGCUGAUUAAUCUGCAUUAAGAUACAGUGAAUCAUGGAGUCACUCCUUUUUCUAGCACUCAGUGUUCAUCUGGCAUCAGCAGGCUCCCACUCUCUGCAGUACAUCUACACUGCAGUGACUCCAGGAAUAAACUUCCCAGAGUUCUCUGUGGUGGGUCUGGUGGAUGGAGAGCAGAUUGGGUACUACGACAGUAACAUCAGGAAGAUGAUCCCCAAGACAGGGUGGAUGGAGAAGGUUAAUGCUGAUGAUCCAGAUUACUGGAACAGAGAGACCCAGAUUAGUCAGAGUCAUCAGGAGACCUUCAAAGUUAACGUGGCUACGGCAAUGCAGCGCUUCAACCAGACUGCAGGAGUUCACACAGUGCAGUGGAUGUACGGCUGUGAACUGCAUGAUGAUGGAACCAAGAGAGGAUACAUGCAGUACAGUUAUGAUGGAGAAGACUUCAUCAGUCUGGAUCUGAACACUCUCACCUGGACUGCAGCCAAUCAGAAAGCUGUUAUUACCAAACAGAGGUGGGACAGAGAAGCCUGGGCUGCUCAGGUGAAGAACUAUCUGGAGAACAUCUGCGCUGAGUGGUUACAGAAGUAUGUGCAUUACGGCAGAUCCACUCUGGAGAGGAAAGUCCCUCCUGAGGCGUCUCUGUUCCAGAGGGAUUCUUCUUCUCCAGUGGUGUGUCAUGCUACAGGUUUCUUCCCCAAAGCAGUGAUGAUCUCCUGGCAGAAGAAUGGAGAGGAUCUGCAUGAGGAGGUGGAGCUCAGAGAGACGCUACUCAACCAGGAUGGAACCUUCCAGAAGAGGAGCAUUCUGACUGUCUCACCUGAGGAGCUGAACAAACACAACUACACCUGCAUCAUUAAGCACAGCAGUCUGGAGAAGGAGAUGGUGCUGCAGGUAUCUGCUCCCAAGGUCCUUCAUGGUGGAAGAGAGGAAAGCUCAGAUGAAAGUUUGUUUAGCUCAGAUGGAAGAUUAUUUGGAAAAAUCUUCACUGUAGUUGCGCCCGUUCUUCUCCUCUUUUCCCUGUGA